UUAGAUUAAUUGUAAACAGAUGUAUUGAUGUUUUAAACAAUAACCCGCUCUGAGUUUACUUUCAGUGGGACCUUUGCUAGGAAAUGACGUAGGACGUUUUAGCUUCGUUGCUAACACAACUGAUUGUACUAGCUAACAUCGGCUAACGUUUCCUCAGAUCAAGAUGGUAAACCGUUCGGAACUUCCGUGUUAGUGUUAGCCGCCGAUCUGGGAGAAGUUUGCUUCUGGUUUGCAGAGUUUGGGUUUUUAAACACAUUUCAGCAUAUUUUGUAUGUAUUUUGUUAUGUUAACCACACUGUACUUGAUAUAUAAGACAAAUGCAAUGCUUAGUUAGUGUUUAAUACAAAGUUAAGUAGAUACUUCUGUCCUUAUGCAGAAGCCAACGUUAGCUAUGGUUCGUUUCCUUCUAGUAUGUAUACAGUAAGACACUGGCAAUUCGACUGCACUAUAUUAAUGAUGUUAUGUUGAUCGACUUAUAUUUAAUAUGACACUAGCAAAAUUUUCAUUGUACUAUCUUGUAAAGUAGCUAGAGUGGCUGGUUUCUAUCUCGUGGCUAAACUUCCAGAUCCAAACUCAGAUAGUCGCACGGUUGUUGUCGUCACAAGCUCUUCCACUAAGUGACGCAUCAUGAAACGUGCCAGAGGCGGUGAUGGUGAGGAAGCUCCCCGCCAGAAUGCCCCUGCAGGCCAGAGGAAAUCGGACCAAAGUGACGGGGACAACAGUGGUUGUGACCUCGGCCAAGCUGACAUGCAAGACGAAGACGAUAACCCGGGGAUCCGGAGGGAAAUACGGAGCAAGUACAGAGAACUCAUCCAGUCAGUGCAACAGAAUAGGGAAGACAUGCUGAGUCCCUCCAACAACAAGCUCACAGAAGUUUUAGAAGAGGCAAACAAACUUUUUAAAGAUGUGCGGCAGUCGAGAGAAGCUGCUCUGGAUGCUCAGCUCCUCGUUGUGACCUCAGACCUCGGCAAGGAGAAAGCCAGCCAACUUGCCGCGGAAGGCGCUGCUUUUGAUCCCACUGCUUUCACUGAACACCUUGUGAGUAUAUUAUUUAUACACGUAAUUACUGCCAAAGUUCAGUUCAGUAGGUUCAGUGACCACAAUGGCAGCUGAGGAAAAGCUGUUACC